AUGUCUGCACAGCAGAAAUCAUACCACACGAAAGCGACAGGUGCAGCGGCUGUGACAGCACUGAACCGUUCCGCCGAGACGAAUCUCAAAUUAUAUGGGAGCUGCUUUUGCCCCUUUGUCCAGCGACUCGAAGAUCUGAAGCUCGAGACGGAUCUUUUCCCCCCAGAUCCGAAAUCGCGUGCUCACUGCCGUUUAUGGGCAGAUCACAUCAACCGAAACAUUGUACCGAACUUCUAUCGGGUGCUCCAGGAGCAGGAUCCACAGAAACAAGUUGAACAUGCCCAAGAACUUCAGGAUGCUUUCAAUCUGCUCAUGACAGCAGCGCAUCCAAGUGGCCCGUAUUUCAUGGGGACUCAAAUCUCCUUUGUGGAUAUCCAAGCCGCGCCAUGGGUUAUUCGGCUGACUCGGGUGCUGAAGCCUUAUCGGGGUUGGCCAGAUCCCGAUGAAGGGACCAGGUGGGCUUCCUGGGUGACUGCCAUUGAGACCAAUGAGCACGUUCUUGCAACAACUAGCACAGAUGAGCUAUACUUGGAUAGCUAUCAACGCUAUGCAGAUCUUGCGGUUGCAGAGAACCGCCCAAACACGUCCCAAGUCGCAAAUGCGAUCAAUUCUGGACGCGGUCUUCCGUAG